AUGAACGUGCGGUUGCUUGCGCUCGUAGGCGCGACAGCAUUGGCGGUACAUGCGGCGUCCGCUGUUACCACGUGUCCAGUAUCCGUCCAAGGUCGAACGGCAUCAACACUCACAGAUCCUAUUACUAAAGUUGUGGCCGAUAUUACGAAUACUGAUGACAUCGACAGUGAUGAAACGACCUUGUCCUCAGACUCGACGUCAGCUUCAGAUGGAGGUAGUCAGGAUUCACAAAAUGCAGACGUCGGUAGCCCAACGAUCUCGGAUUUGUCUCCAGCCACUACAAGUGACGACAAUGGCGUUGAUAACGCUACAAAUGUCACUACUGCAGGUAGUAGUGAUGACUCAACGGGUAGUGCUGGUGUGCCUGUGACUCCCACGACACCAUCACCGCCUACACUAAGUCCACCAACUACACCACCAUCUACUCCUCAGACUCCAUCGACAACCCCAACGACGCCAACGACUACAACAACACCAUCAACUACAACAACACCAUCGACUACAACAACACCAUCGACUACAACAGCUCCAUCGACAACAAACACUCCUGACAGUGCAUCUACGACUACGACAACGGGAUCGAACGUCGCGGUGCCUUCUACGGCAGCUUCAACGACUGUCACGCCACCGUCCGACACUGUAGCAAAUGCUAUUUCUUCAAUCUCCACUAGAUUUCGUCAAUUACAAGUUACAACUGCUACUAAUACAGUCGGUACUACUGGAACGGUUGCUAUUACGAAUCCUUUAGCUGGCACACCGAGCGGCACAGAUGUAUUGACUACUCCUAUCAGAACGUCAAACAUUACCGGUACAACAGGAACGACAGUUACGCCAGCAACGACAAAUGUAAAUGGAACGACGUCAACUAUUGUACCAUCGAAUUCAACGUCAUCCACAUCAGCUACAAAUUCGAGCACGACAAUUGAUGGAGAAACGUCAAAUUCCACCGAGACACAAGAUCUUGUAUGUGACAGUACGUUCUACUCAACGUGGGACAUACUCGGUUUGACUUGCGGUGGUGCUGGUAUCGACGUUGCUAUGGCCGUUGAAGCCUCCAGUUGUGUCAUUUACAGCAAUUCAGCAGACUCGACGUUCGGCUCGACUUGUGUAUCCAUCUGUUCGUUUCCAUCGUGCACAAACAAUACGUGGGAGUACGGUACUGGCAAUGGCAUCUCUUCGUCGGUCUACGACGGACUGAGUGUCCAAUCAUUCCUUCCAUCCAAUGUCGUGCAAGCUUUAGAACAUCGUUCGUCCACAGUCUCAACGUUUUUAUCCAAUUCCACCAUGUCGAAUUCCGAGCAGUGCACGUACUCUUCUGAAAAUUCCUUCUCAUCAUGUUCGUGCUCAGCUCUGCUCGUAGAUAGAGAUAGCUCGGGAAGUCUAGCAGAUGCAGCGAAGAAAGAGCUGCGUGCAAACGACGAGAUAAAUGGUGUGAUUACAAAGGAUAACACGACAACGACUGGUCAAGUUGUAGCUGUGACGUCAAAAAGUGUUGCUGGUGUGACUGUAGCUAUUACAGGAAUUGCUGCGAUUGCUAGUACUGCUGUGGGUGGUAUUAGUUCUGCAGGUGCUUCUUUUGCUGCAGCUGGCUCAACUAUGGCAAUUACGACAGUAGAGAUCUGUCAAUUUGGUGUACUCGUGAAUCAGCUUCAACUUGAUGGAAAGUCGUCGGCUUUGGCGCAGUUUGGUAAAGCAAUGGCUCCUGCAGCAUUCACGUUUCUACCCUUUGGCAAACUCUCAAACUCUCACUCAGAUGGUAGUUCAGACGGCUACAGUCAGUUUAGUAAAAGUCGCCGUCUUGAAGAUUCAGAUAGCAGUGGUAGCUCGAGCAGUCUUGAGCAACUAUCGGGAAUUGAAAAAUAUUCUCGUCAGCUUGAUAUUCAAGAAGACAUGUUAUUUCUCGUGACACUGGCGGGUGUGUUUUGCGUCAUGGCUUGCGUAGUCGGUCUUUUUGGUGUCGGCUAUCUACUCGCUGGUGUAGUAAUGCCUCGUGAAGAGUACUUGGAGAAAUUUUUUGAUAAGAUGAUUGGUCUUGAGGUUCUUGUGGCCAUUCUGUCCCAAUAUACGAUCGGAGUAACGGCGACAUUUCAAAUCUAUUACUCGACGAAAUACGAGAGUAUCACGGAUCCAAAGUGUCUGCUAGCAAUUGCUGCUAUCCUGUUUUUGGCUAGCGGUAUUCUUGUGUAUGGCUACUUUGUAGUGAAGAAGCACGAGGCAGAAAUUACAGAUGUCGGUACAGUCCAGCACAUGAAAAAGGUUGUCAAUAUGCGUUAUGGACCUUUGUAUGAAGAAUACAAAUUUAAAAAUCGCUACUUUUUUGCUGCCAAGAUGAUGGUGGCGUUGACAACCGGUGUAGUGACUGGUUGUGCUGGCAUGUCUGGCAAAGCGCAGGUUUCGAUUAUUCUCGCGAUAAACGUGCUUUUUUUCUUCUACCUCGAGAUUCAAUCACCACAUCACUCAAAAUUUGUUCAGACUACAACCAGUUUUGUCUCCAUUAUGAAGAUCGCUGUGCUUGUGCUGACAUUUUUCUUAGUGACUGCCGCUGCUAGCGAUGGAUUCCCCACUAGUUUACAAAAUGGCAUCUCGGUGGCUAUUGUUGGUCUCAAUCUCUUUGUGCUAGCUCUUUUGAUGAUUCGAUCGCUUUAUACAUUCUGGCAAAAGUUCAAACUUCAACGUGAUGCUGCGUAUGACCAGGAAGAACAGACAGCUCAGGAAUAUUUCAAAGACGAGACUCCAGCACAGCACAAGGACCGUGCUUUGAGUAAUGCUCAGCUCCCUAUGGAACACUCAGUCUUGCAGUCUCAGUACCCGAAAGGUGGUGUCGACUACCAAAAUACAGCUGCGCAGAAUGGUCGCCAACAGACAUACGAUGCUAAUGGCGCCAAUCAUUACGUUACGCAAGAUCAUGCGUACGGCCACCGUCGUGAUGAUGUAGUAGAGCUGUAA